AUGCAGGACCUGUCUCUUGAAGCUAAACACUUGAGGGAUUUCAGGAAGUUUGACUCUCGCUCCUUCGAUGGAUCAUUGAGGGAUCCCACUAAAGCAAAGAUGUGGUUGUCCUCGAUUGAGACGAUUUUUCAUUUUAUGAGGUGCUUGGAAGAGCACAAGCUUCAAUGUGCAGUUUUUAUGCUGACUGGCAAUGCAGAGAUUUGGUGGCGUUUAGCAGAGAAAAUUAUUGAUACCAGUGGAGGACUUGCAACCUGGGAGCAGUUUAAGGAGCAUUUUUAUGAGAUGUAUUUUUCAGCCAACACCCGAUACAACAAACAAACAGAGUUUUUGAAUUUAAAACAGCGAGUUAUGUCGGUGGAGGAAUAUGAGCAGGAAUUUGAUAAGCUGUCCCACUUUUCCCUUGAGCUUGUAGCCAACGAGGCAACAAGGACUAAGAGGUUCAUCCAGGGUCUAAGGAGUGGAUUGUGA